AUGGAAGAGGAUACCACUCGCGCGUCGCAAGAAAGUCCAGCCGCAUAUCUUCAUCUAGUAGAUGCCAGAAGCGAACACCAAUCUCAGCGUACGCUCUUCCUGCCCUACCCUGCCCUACCCUGCCCUCGAGAUCUCAUAUGGUCUUCACCUCUUCUGGUUCUUUCUAAUCCUCUUCUCAGAACUGUUUCCUGUGUGGGAACGAGAAAUCUUCAAGAUCGGGCGAGACCCGCGUGCAAAGUGAGCAUUUACCCAUAUGGAACGCAUGUCACACAAGCUCACGCAUACAGCACGUUGGCUGUUGAUAAUGACCUCGACUUCGCAGUUUCUCGAAACCACUGUGAAGUGUACGUUGUGGUGUAUGAGCCAACUAUCAACCAUGUCUACGUGCGGGACCGAAAGUCUUCAAACGGCACCUUUGUCAACGGCCAACUCAUUGGUUCUGUCUUACAAGAUCAGCCACCUCCUCGCCAUGAGUUAACUUCCUUACAACUGGAGGAAUGCAAGUUGUUCGCAAACAAGUAUCACGUUAGUAGCCAUUGCCUAGGGCAAGGAGCGGAAGCAGUCGUCUGCCUGGCAAACGAUGCCCAGACGAAGAAGCAAUUAGUUUGCAAGUUGAUCAAUCUCGACAAGAUUCAAGGAAAGAAUUCCCAAGAGGAUAUCCGCCGCAAGUUUCAGGAAGCCGACAUCUUGCGCCAGCUGAGACAUCCCAACAUCCUUCCUUACGUGGAUGCUAUCUCAUCACCACACUCACUCUAUACCUUUACAGAGCUUGCAUCGGGUGGUGAUCUCAUGUCAUUCAUCCUGCGCCAUGGCACGGUCAAGGAACUCGACUCACGGAUAAUUAUACGUCAAGUUGUCCGUGGUCUUGGCUAUCUCCACGAGAAAGAUAUUGUUCACCGUGAUCUCAAACCAGAGAAUAUCCUCCUGGCGUACUCGCCUAAGAUUGCGUAUCAUCGAGUCAUGCUUUCAGACUUUGGCAAUUCUGCUGUGCCUCGGCGCAGCAGAAUGAUCACAAAUGCUGGGACACCAGGAUACCAAGCGCCGGAGUUUGCAGCGGGUGGGCAAGCUCACACUGCAGCUGUCGACAUCUGGUCCUUGGGUGUUGUUGCACUGCUCCUCCUUGCAUCUGAUAACCAUGACACAGAGCUCAACAAGAUGGAACAAGGAGACAUAAUCGAAUAUCUCGCUCAAUUAUUCAAUGGAAUGCAGACAAAACCCUCUCUCGAAGGGAUUGAAUUCGUCUGGAACUGUCUGAAAGUCGACCCAUUACAGAGAAUCAAUGCUUAUGGUGCGAAGACGCAUGCAUGGCUUUGUCCUCCGAAGAAGAAUCGGGAAUUGUUCAAACGAAUGGAUUGUCGAACACUGGCUUCUUGGAAACCUCAAGAUAAGCUCAAACCGAUGCCUUGGGUGUUACCUGAUCUUGCCCCAAGCAAUCCACCAACACCUACAAGAAGCCCAGGCUCAUCGAUCAGCCAAUACUUUACGACGACACCUACGCGCUUUGAAAUUACGACCAAAAAGACUAGAGACCGCGUUCUGGAGAUAGCCACAGAAUCUGACACAGGAACUGCCACUAGUAAGACUACGUCUUUCUCGGUGCCACCGCGUCCAUGCGGAACUCCGAGAGAGUCUGCGACAAAUCUCAAGAAGCCUCAACCUCCUUGGCAAGGGUUUCGUAAUCCUAUCGGUUCAGCGAACACUGAAUUCCCAUCAAAACGCAGGAGAGUCCCAAGAGCCAGGACUCAUGAUACUGCGAGUGUUCCCCUCCCUGGGCAAAACGUUCUUUCGGCUCUCGAGAGGACGAAAUCAAAGUUCCUUACAGACAGCACCUCUCCUGUUUCGAGAACUCCUCUAGAUGCUCUCACUGCCAAUGGAUUAGUUCCACCACCAAGUCCUAAGAAACGGAAGAGCAAGCGUGAUGUGAGGCCAAAGGAAUCGGGCGAAGCCAAUAUGCGGCACCCACCUCAGCUCACAUUCCGCUGA